UGAUGCCAAACCUCGCGCAUAAUUUUGUUUUGGUAACUCCAUUUACCGUCUGCGUUCACACAUAUAUUUGUAAUAAGAUGACUUCAAAGAGGAGUGAAGGCGAAUGGCAGGGGUUAGUGAAUGAGUAUUUGAUAUGCAAAAGAAAGCUGGAGAGCAAGAAAGAAGCUCUUUUGAUUCUCUCCAAGGAGCUUGAUACAUGCCAACAAGAACGGGACCAGUACAAACUAAUGGCUAAUCAGCUUCGGGAGCGCCAUCAAUCAUUAAAGAAAAAGUACAGAGAACUAAUAGAUGGUGAUCCUACUCUCCCUCCAGAAAAGAGGAAUCAGGCAAACCUCGCACAACUAUUGAGUAGUUCUCGAGAGCGGAAUAAACAGUUGACAGAGGAAAUCAAAGAACUCCAGCAGAGACUGACUGAGGCACAGGGUGAUAACAAGCUCCUAAGAAUGACGAUUGCGAAACAGCGUUUAGGUGAUGAAGAAGUAGGAGCUCGUCAUUUUCCUGCACAUGAACGUGAGGACCUUGUUCAGCAGUUGGAAAAAACACAUGAACAGAUCGAACGUUUGGAUCAUGAUUAUCAAGCAGCAGUGGAUGAGCUUCAGGAUGUGAAGGUCGAACGAUCUUUCUACCAGGAGAAAGCUGACCGCCUAAAUCAGGAGAUUAACCAUAUUCUUGGAGGGCAUGAAAACCGUAUAAUUGAUGUGGAUGCAUUGUGCAUGGAAAACAGGUACCUGCAUGAACAUUUGAAGCAGAUCCAGGAAGAAGUCAACAUUCUUAAAAAUAACAUUUCGAAAUAUAAGAAUGCUCUUGAGCGUAAAAAACACCCAAAGACAAGCGGAAAAAGCAGCAGUAGUGCACUUACGGGAGUUCUUUCUGCUAAACAAGUCCAGGAAUUACUGUCGGAAGAUCAUGGUUGUAGUCUGCCAGCCACUCCACAGUCCAUUUCAGAUCUGAAAUCAUUGGCAACUGCUUUACUUGAGACGAUUCAUGACAAGAAUAUGGUUCUUCAGCAUCAACGGCAGACUAACAGAAUUCUGGGAAAUCGUGUAGCUGAACUGGAAAAGAAACUGAGAACUUUGGAAGUUUCUGGUUUGUGGAGCCUUCCAGCAGGAGGGAAGGAGACUCUAACAUUAACUGAUGCUGCCGUACCUAUGGAUGCAAGACCAAAGUCACCUCUGUACCUGGAUAUCGAACAACAGCUGCACAAGAAUGAUCAAUUAAAAGAAGAUCAAGCAACCCAACCUCAGCCUUCAGCAUCAGAAUACCCUGACACAGAGAAAAAUUACAGAAAAUCUGAAGAAAUGCAGACCGAACAAAAGGAAAGUUGUGGAAGUCCAGUAUUUUUACCUUUGGAAAUGGACUCCCAGAUGUUCCAAUCCACUGCAGGAAAUGAAAUUGCAAAAAUGACUGAGAAGCUGGUUACCGCUGAUUUAAGUGAUGGCUGUAACAAAACAAAUGCUUCAAAAGAGCAAUGUACAGUGACAUCUCAGAAUGGUGCUGCUGUUUCAUCAUUAUUUGAAUCCCCUUUGGAUAGUCCAGACGCAGAAAACCAAUCUGGUUCUGAGAGUGACUACAGGAUUCAAAUUAAUGAAUCAUCUGAUACUCUGGAAAGUAAUAUAGAUUGCGUGUCAUCAAAAACGAUUUCUGAAAUAAAUUCAGAUUCUCAGCUGCACAACUUGUUGACCACAGAUCUGUCAAUAAUUGAGGGUUCUACAGAAUGUACAGAUGGAAAUCAUGAAGGAAAUAUAGCAUAAUUCAAUUGCAAAUUUUAGUUUAAUCUGAUAAUUUUUAAUUAAACUCAAUCAUCUUUAAACAAUGGUAAAGCUCUUAACCUUAACUUGAAUACAUGUACAAACUGUAAUUCUCAUGAAAGAUGAAUAUCAUCACUUUGUUGGAUGUAAUAUGAAUGUUUAUUCAUCUGGAAUUGUGAACUGAAUUCUAUUAAAAUUAGCCUUUCCCCAUAUCUGAAAAUGUAAAAUAGGAUAAAUGAUUAGAUUAAUGAUUACUUAUUGAAAAAUAUAAGUGUUUUCACCAAAACAUUUUAUUAUUCCUAAGUGCAAAAUAUUUUAAAAGAUCAAUUUAUCACAUUUUUUUGUUUCUCCAUAAUAACAGGGAGACAUGUUUUCCUCAUUUUGUUUUAUUUGUCUUGUGGAUCCAGUUGAAAAAUUUUUCAGUGGCACAUAGUAUUCUCACAAUGAGAUUUCAAAACAUUUCUGCCCAAAACGAAAUAAUUACUCUGGGUAACAUGCUGUACCAGAAGGUCUCGGGUAAUAUUGAUCCACAACAAUUGCUGGAAAUAGGAAGGAAAAUAACUUGGGAAAGAAAACCAGUCAAUCCUUCCUCAAAUAUGUACACACAAAGAAUUAGCCUUCUUUUCUCAUUAAUAUGUCCUGACUGAGCUGUUGUGCAUUUUCAGCGUUUCCUAUUUCCAAUUUCCAGCAAUCUGAAUUCACUUUUAAAAUCAUUUUAAAACUUGCAACCUUUUUGCUACAAAUUGUUGUGUUACAAGUGGAAUUCCUUCACAUCAAAGUGGGGUAUAGGAGCAAGGAAAGGGGUUGUGAUAGUGAUUUUUUUAAAUAGGAUAUUUAUAUGUUCUUGAAAUAGACAAAGAAAACUCCUUCCACAAGUUUUCUAUUUAUCAGCUGCGAUGUAUCACCAUUAUUAUUGCAUAUUGGCAGGCAACAUCCCCAGCUCCCAAUGCACACGUAAAGUUGUUUUAUUCAUGAGUUGCUAACAUGAAAUUUAUAUAUUCUAAUUUUGUGGAAAUAGAAGAAAAUGACAUUGUCAAUAUUGCAAAUUUUCCACACGUCUUUAAUAACUCAAGGUUUAUUACACCUGGAGGACAUAUUUAAUGUGGUAAUAUAAAUAAUGUAUUUGUUUUAGUAAUGAUUUUUAUUAAUUAGCCUAGCUGGGUGCUGAAUAUUACAGCUUAUGUAUGUUAUGCUGGAAGCAAGAAUAUAUUGAUGAAAUGUACUAAUUACUUGUGGGGGUGGGAAUGGGGGGUGUAGUAGAUCUUUACUGAUGGUUUCAGCAUAGAGAAUCCCCCAACAGAACUCUCAGGUGUUGUAUUACAACUCUGUUUAUGUUAUGUAGUGUUCUGUUAUAAUGGCUUACUAAAAAUUAUUAAGAUUCAAAAUUUGUGAAAUUUGAUAAUUACAAGAGAAGUGGAGUCAAAUGUCAUGAUUUUGCACUAUUUUAAGGUCUAUCAGACCAGGCAUCAUCUCAGUGAAUGGCAGAGCUCUCUUGACAGACUGAUUGGUCUGUACCUAUGUAAUAUGAUCUAUUAUAGUCAGGUAGAGGCUUAAUAUUCACAUUCAAAAGACUGAUUUUUAUGCUGAUGACACUAUAAUCACUUUUAUUUUGGCUCACCUUACAAUUAAAUCAAAAGCACCACCUCGCAAGUUCAUAGAAUGGAGGAAAAUAAUACAAUCUUUUGAUUGAAUCGAAGAAGGGAGAAAUUGCCCUUUCACCUGUUCAUGUGUUAUUUGUAACUUUGUUGGUGAUGGAAAUUAAUGUUUUCUUUGGUAUUCAAAGUUAUGGAUAGCCUCCAUACUGAGAAGACUAAGCUAUUAUUUAACUUGGCACUUUAGUGACUGAAGUUUUGUUGGUUGCUGCAUGUCAAUAUCAAGGUCCAUGUCAAAAAGGACUCUUAUUGUGUGAAAUCACAAGGAAUCGAACUGGUUAAUUUUCUAAAUUUGAUGAUCUCCAAAUAAGAACAGCUCUGUGGGGAAAUAUAUUUUAAAGAGAAAUUAUUAACAACUUGGAGUUCUAAAGUACAUUCAGGUCCACAGAUUUGACCACAAAUAGCUUUCCAUGUAUUGUCAACUGUCGCAACUUCUUACUGUUAUUAAGUUUUUGAAAUGUGUAAUUUUUAUUGAAAUUGAUAGAUUAGCAGAAGCAGAUUCCUUUGUGAAGAAAUGUUCAUUCUGAUAUUGCUUGUGUCAUCAUCUUUUACAAUAAAUAAUCCAGUCUAUUUAAGAGUUUAGUUACAGGCAUUUUCAAUGUAUUAAUUUUUCUGUCACAAUAAUUAGUUUUGGGUUUAGCUGCUCUCAGGUUGUAUAUUUUCAUUUGAAUUUAUUACAUUAGGAAUUGGUAUUGUCCUUGCAGGAGACAGAAUAGAAUUAAGUAUUUUAGGGCCUAGGCCUCAACUAAUUUUGUAUCUUGUGACUCCUUAAUUUAUUGGAGUUGUGUUCUGAUUGUUUUCCCAGAAUUGUCUGGCUAGAAUUAGGUGAUAACCACAGUAGUGCUUGGAUGGAGUUGAAUCAUUGUUUUGUACUGUGAUAGUUUUGUUUCUUUAAAUUGAAGGAUUGUAAAGGAUUGUACUAUCCCAAACAUGUUUCCGUCACCAGCAACCACAAUUGCAGGUCAGAGGAAAUACGCUUGAAACCACUAUGAUGUUAAUGUUAUUAAUUAAAUCUGGAAACAAAAUUUGUGAAAAUGAAGAGGAGGACACACUUGGUAGAAGCCUUAAAUACAUUCAACUUGUUUAAUCUCUAGGAUUUAUGUUAAAUGCACAGAGUUUAGAGAGGAGCUACUAUGAAUAUUAUGUUCUGUUACUGCACUAAUUGUAUGUUCAGUUACUAUGCCACCAGCAUGUGGUGUUCUGGUUUGAGUCAUUCCCAACCAACAAUAUUUCUUUCUUUUAAAUCAUCAGUAGCAGAUAACAGAUCACUGGAGUCUAAACAGAAGGGCACUUUACAUGGUACUUUAUUGCAUGAUAGUGUUAGUUAGUUUAUAUAAACUUACCAGGCGUAAUUACUAAGGACUUACGGAAGCUGCAAAAACUAUGUGACAUAAUCAGAAUGGGUGGAACGCAAUGUACAACUAUUACUUUCUACUGCAGCAAUGUCUCCCGAUACCAUUACAUGUGUCCUGUUCCCGUGCCACUGUGUUUGAUUUUCUGCCUAUUACUAUCCUUAUAGUUCCACAGCUUGGUUUUCAGUGACCAACAUCUGCAUUUCACUUUUAUUUAUUUGCCCCUCCAAGCAAAAUUUCAUUUUCUGCUCUAGUGACGACCUGUUAUGAAAUAUGGCUCCUAGCCACUAAGUGGCCAUUUUUCAUGUGUAUAUAUCUCAAUUGGUGCCAAUUAAUUCAUUUUAAGUGUGUUUAUUGCCAGUAUUAACUAACACCAAUUACAUAUCUAUUGGGUAGGGCCUGAUGUAUUUAUUUUCCAAUCUGUUUCUCUCAUCACCAGUGGCCUAUUUAUCAAUCAACUGACAUCAUGAAUAAAACAUAUUACUUGUUCAUUUAUCUCAUUGCCAUUUGUGGGAUUUUGUGUGCAACUCAGCUUUUGCAUCUGCCUACAUUACAAUAAUGAAUAUACUUUUUAUAAAGUAUUUCAUUAGCUGUAAAGUGCUUUGUGAUAAGUUGUGAAAGGGGCUAGGUAAGUGCUAGUUCUUUGCUUAUUUUGUUCUGUCUUUAUUCUUUUCUUCCUGAUCCAUUCAGUUUCACAAUUCCCCAAGGAGUACAAUGUUCCAUUGAUUUUAGAUGGAAUGCCAUAUUCGUAUUAACAGCAAAACGUGCAUUUCUGCAGAAUGUAGAACUUCAUGAAAAUCCACAAAGUAACAAUAAAAACAGGAAUUGCUGGAAAAAAAUCAAGAGGCCUGGCGCAUCUGUAGAUACAGAAACAGAGCCCCAUAUUGUCUAUGCUUUGGAACUGAAGGGGACUGAAAAUGAUGGUAUUUAUGCUGUUGACAAAUAGUGAAGAGGAGCAAGUAGAACAGAAGGUGAGGGCAUCCAGAGUGAAAGAUAAAUUCAGUAAUAAUAGUAGUUGAAGUGUUAUCUAGAUGCACAGUAGUGUUAAUUAUAUGUAUGAAUAGUAGAUCAAUAGAACAGCUCUGCUCAGAGGUGGUGGGGGAAGAGGGUCUAAUCAAAAUGGAGGACAACGUUUGCAGGCUGAUAUUGUUGAACUUAACAUAAGUCCUGGAUGCUGAAAAGUACCAAAGCAGAUAUUGAGGUGCUUGCAUUGGGCUUUGCUGGACCACUGCAGCAGGCCUAGGAUGGAAAUGCUAACGUAAUAGCAAGCUGAUGUAUUGAAAUGGCAAGCACCUGGAAAAUAGGGUCAUUCUUACAGACAGAAUGAAGGUCUUCCACAAAAAAAGGUCACCCAGUCUGUGUUUGAUCUCAUCAAUAUAGAGGAGACCGCAUGUUCUGUCCUAGGCACAUUGCAGUGCUGCAGAAAAGCCUAAGAAGAGUCACUGGACUUGAAAUAUUUAUCCUGUUUUUCUCUCCACAGAUGCUGCCAGACCUGCUGAGUUUCUCCAGCAUGUUCUGUUUUUAUUUCAGUUUUCCAUUAUCCACAGUUGCUUCUUUUAUUUGAAAGGGAAUAAUAAUUGUGUUGACAAGUUCAACAGGAUAUGUGGUACAAAUGAAAUACCCAUUGAAUAGUGAUGUCUGAAAAUAAACAAUUCAUUAUGUCAUUACACGCCAAUAGAAACUUUAUUUUCUAUAGAUCAUUGCUGAUUGUUAUCCUCAUGUACUGUAAUAGAAAGAGGUCAAAGUCUUGAGUCUGAACAGUGCACGUGCAACUUUGUAGACUCCAAUCUCAGGAAUAAUUAAAUAUUUCUAGUUUGAAUUGCAUUUGUUUUAAGUUGAAAGUUUGCAACUAAAAUGUAUAGAAUGUGGUUAUCCUUAAUGUACAAUUGUUCAGAAUGUAUUAGCUGUAACUUGCUCAUUAGGUUUAAAAGUUAGUAAAUAUUCUUUUAUUUGGAAAACUGGAGCAGUAACAGUCAUUUCUAAAACUGUGGGCAAUAUUUUACUGUAUGUGUCAGUUGUCUUUUCAGCUUCUGUUGAAAGCUUGGGUUUUCUUCAUGGUUUUCAUCUUCUAUGAGAACAUAAACUAUGGAUUUGUUUUACAUUGAUUUGCUGGGUUAUAUAAAAGAGAAAUAUCAUAAUGUUGCACUGUAUGUGCUCUGUGUAAAUGUGGAUAAAUUUCUUUGUGUGUUUUUAACCAAAUUUUUAUUGUAAAUUGUAAUGGUUUUACUUGAGUAAGUUUGACAAAUGACUUCGGUGUAUUCAUUGAAAUGAACCUCUGUCUUGA